AUGGCAUCAUCAGUUAUCGUGUUUACAAAUGCUUUCACAUUUAUUCCAGCAAAUGAAAAGAUCAAUGCUGGAUUGAUGGAUACAACUGAACUACCAAUAAGUGAUGUUACCAAUCGUUCAGAACAACAAUCUUUACCUGUAUCGAAUGUUGAUACUGUAAAACAGAAAAAUAAAAAGAUGAAAUUUCAACUAGAACAAGCAGAAUCUUUCAAAAAGAAACAUCAGUCAUCAAUGAAAAACUCUUUUAAAAGUUUCAUUUUGAAAAAAAAGAUAUUUUUUCUCUUUUUUAAACAACUGGAUCAAUGA